AUGGGAACAUAUGAUAAAAAGAAGAAGUAUCAUAGCUCAAGCGAACAAUCCAAUCGAGAGGAGAAUAGUUCCUCCGAUGAUGAAAUGGUAAAGAGGAAGAAGUUGAGUGAAAGGAGAAGAUAUAUGAUGAAGGAACAUAGGCACGAUGUUGAAAAUGUGAUCAGUAGAAGAAGAAGGAGAAGAAGACAAGAAGAAAGUGUCGAAAGUGAGAAGAGAAGGAGGAAAAGAAGAAUGGUGGAUAGCAGCGAGGAGGAAGAAGAGGGAGAAGAAGAGGAUGAUGAAGAGGAUGAUGAAGAGGAAGAGGACGAUGAUGAUGAAGAGGACGAUGAUGAUGAUGAAGAGGACGAGGAGGAGGAAAGUGAAAGCGAUGAUAGCAGUGAUAGUGGCAACAGCCGAAGAAGUAGUAGUAGUGUACACCACAAUCGGGAGAAGCGUGAAAAAAGGAUGAAACACAAAAAGAGAAUAAUCAAACCAGAUGAUCAUGGUGAGAGAUAUUCCAACAGUAGUAGUGAUGAUAAUGGGAACCAUGACAAAGAGAGGAGAAGAAGAAGAAGAAGUAGAAGGAGAAAAAGAAGUAGAGGAGAAAGUCCAGAAAUUUUAAAAUCAAAACGUGAUAUAGUUAGAGACGAAUACAAACUUAAGGGUAUAUCAUAUAGAAAUGUAGAAAUACGUAUGAGAAGCAGAAAUAGAUAUAAGAGUCCAGAAAGAAGUGUUGAAGAGGAAAGUGAUCAAAGAGAGAAACAAAUUGAAAAGAGGAGGAGGAGGAGGAGAAGGAUGUUGAAGAGGGAUGAGGAGGAGGAAAGGGAAUACGAUGAAUCAGAAGAGGAUGAACAAAACAGUAGCGGCAAUAGAAGAGGUAAUAGCAACAACAGCAGUAAUAGUAGUAAUAGGAGCAAUAGUAGUAAUAGGAGCAAUAUCAGUAGUAGAAGCAAUAGUAGUAGUAGGAGCAACAGCAGUAGUAGCAGAAAUGAUACUGUACGGAGAAGAUAUAGGGAGCAUAGAGGGCGAAGUAAAAGCAUGCAUAGGAGACGUGAGGAAAGGAGAAGCAUCUUGGAUAAGAGAAGUGUCUUCGAAGGACAUAUUAGAAGAGAUAGGAGAAGGAGCAGUGAGAGAAGACAAAUCGAGCUGAGGAGGAGGAGGAGGAUGGGGAGAAGUAGAUCAAGGAGAGGAAGAAGCAGAUCAAGGAGAGGGAGAAGUAGAUCAAGGAGAGGAAGAAGUAGAUCAAGGAGAGGAAGAAGUAGAUCAAGGAGAGGGAGAAGUAGAUCAAGGAGAGGGAGAAGUAGAUCAAGGAGAGGGAGAAGUAGCUCAAGGAGGAGAGAACGAGAUCGUCACAAAACAUACAAAUUUGAUUCACCACCGGAGUCUGCUGAUGAAGGAGAGAGAAAAAAAAAGGCAAAAAAUAACUUUUCGUCAAGCGUUCAAAAUAUGCAAGUGGGAACUGGUGGUGAAGAACAGUUAUGUAGUGCUAACAGAGGUGGUAACAACGAGGGUACUAGUAAUAAUAAUAAUACGAAUAAUAAUGCUACUACUAAAGCUAAUAAUGAUAGUAGCAAUGAUAUCAACAGUAAUGAUUACAUCAGUAGUAACCACAUCGGUAGUAACCACAUCGGUAGUAACCACGUCGGUAGUAACCACAUCAGUAAUGACAACUGUAACAACAGCAACAUUAAUAAUAGAAUCUGUAAUGGAGGAACUCCGCAGACGAAAACCGAUUUUGCCAGGAACCAGAGCUCCAAUUCCAGCAAUAUUGAUAAUUUGAUUCAAACCUUGAAUAGCAGCAUAAACGUGGGGAGCAGUAAAACAUCUACACCAAGUAGCAAUCUCUUGAACACUUUAAGUAGCAACUUGAGCACAGGUGUACUCUUAAGUGAUCCUUCAAAGGUCGAAAUAAAUAUUGGAACCCAAGAAGAGAAGAACAAAGAGUUGAACGGUGGGGAAGGAACAGGAACAUCAGGAGUGAAUGUAGAAAUAGUAGGAGGAUUGGCAGGGUUGGGUCUGAAUCAGUCGCAUCUGAAUAUGCUUCUGAACGGACAGCUAAAAUUAAGCAGCCAAUCCUUGCAGGAGCUGUGUAAAAAUGCAGUUGGAAUAAACGAAUUGUGCUUGUCAUCCUUAGAUGCAACGGCGGAAAAAACGGCUAGAGAAUUAUAUGUAGGAAAUAUCCCUCAACAUAUAGAUGUUCAGGAGAUUGUAAAAUUUUUAAAUAUGUGCCUACUGAUUUUGUAUAAUAAAGAGAAUGAGAAUGAAAAUGAAAAUAUAUGUCUGAAGGCAUGUAUCAGAGGAGAUACUCAUUAUGCAUUUGUAGAAUUUCGAAAUUUACAAGAUACAUCUAAUUGUAUGCUUUUAAAUGGAAUAAAUUUUUAUGGUAACAAUUUAAGAAUAGGUAGACCCAAAACUUUCCCCGUUGAACUGACAAGUCUUAUACCACCUGCAACAAUUCCUACGAUAGAUAACUACUAUUUGUCUCAAGGUUUGAUAGGACUAAAAGCUUUUUCUAUAUUUUGUCAAAAUGAAGAAAAAAUGAAAAAUGCUUACUUACCAAUGAAUAUGAUAAAAUUACAAAAAUUGUGUGUGUCUAAUAUAGCCAAAAAUAACGAAACAAGUAAAAUCAAAGAAUUAUUGGAAGCAUUUGGUGAACUUAAAAAUUUUGAAUGUUUCGAAGGAGAUGAGAAUUCAGAUACUUAUAUUUCUCUCGUAGAAUAUGCUACACCUGAAAAUGCUAUACAAGCUCAUAAAAUUUUAAAUCAAAAUACUAGUUACAAAAUUCAGUUUGAGUAUGAAAUUGUAAAUGAUCCUCUUAUCAAUAGUUUGAUUAAGAAGAAAUACAUGAAAUCUGAGAAUUCUAUAAUGUCACAACAAAUCCCAACAAGGGUUGUCGUUCUUAGCAAAAUCGCCACCUUUGAUGAACUUUCAGAUCCUACUGAAUAUAGGGACAUCCUUGAGGAUAUAAAAGCUGAGUGUCAGAAAUUCGGAUCCAUUGUUGAGGUUGAUUUGCCUGUAUUUUCUAAAGAAACUUUUGAUUAUUUAAUGCGUAAGGCGAUUCAGACGGAGGUGCCAGCAGAGGUGACAGCAGAUGUGCCAGCAGAGGUGCCAGCAGAGGUGACAGCAGAGGUGGUAGCAGAUGUGGCAGCAGAGGUGGAAGCAGAUGUAAAAGCAGAUGUGACAGCAGAUGUAAAAGCAGAUGUGACAGCAGAUGUAAAAGCAGAUGUGGAAGCAGAUGUGGAAGCAGAUGUAAAAGCAGAUGUGGAAGCAGAAGCAGACGCAUUUGAAGGCACGUGUGACGAAAGGAGUGAUAGGCGCGAUGAGAAACCAGUGGAAGACGACCUAGCACAUCUGAACUAUGAUCUGACAUCGAUCGGGUGUGCAUUCAUCUAUUUCGAAAACAUUGAGGGAGCGACAAAAGCAAGGAAGGAAUUAAGCGGACGCAAAUUUGGUGCAAGUAUAAUCGAGGCAAAUUAUUAUAGUGAAAAAAAAUUUCUCAUGAAAAAUUUUAAGCAUGUCAAGUACAACUUCAAGAAAAGCCAUUCGUCACUCUUUAAUUUGAAUUUAAAGAUGGGAAAUUUUACCUACUCUGAUUGCUCCGAAGAGGAAUAG